AAAAAUACUAAAUUCACUAGUUUAAAAUUGUUACAGUAGCAAUAUACAAGUAUUACUGUGAACAGAUGUUAAACAAUAUGCUUACAUAUUUAGCCAUUGUGUUUUCGUUAUUGAUGUUUGUAGAAGCUGAACAAAGAUGGCAUACAUCGCAAAUAGCAUUAACGAAACUAUAUGAUCUGCAAAACGAUCAUUUUAAUGUCUUCAAUAAAUACUUGGAUUUGGAGAUAAAACGUUUGGAAGAAUUAAAAGAUCAUGUAGCUGCGGUAUAUGAAUGGCGUGAUCAUAAAAAAACCAACAGGAACAUUUUACACAAUCAUUUGGAUGUUACUAAAUUGAUGAAACAAAUGCAUCAACAUGUUUUAAAAACUAAAGAUUUAAUAAAAAAUAAACUAUCUAUUGAAGCGUUAAGAGAAAUCGACGAGAACAAAGAUCUUAGUGGUAAUCAUGUAUUGUUGGCGCAUCGAGCAAUAAAGAGACUACAAAAAUUUUAUGCGAUUCCUACAUCAGACAUGUCUGAAGGUAGAUUUAAUAAUAAAAUUAUCGGUGAUAAAAUGGAUGCAUGUGAAUGUUACGUCAUGGCGAAGUAUUGUUCAGAGGAAAACGAUAUGUAUGGCGUCAUAGAUUGGGCUGUUGAAGCAUAUUAUAAAUGGAAGAGUGAUGGUCAACCAGAAUGUGUUGAUCCCGAAAUUUUAAAUUUCUACAUAAUGUCAUCAUCAGUAUUUACAGGAUUUAACUUCAUGAAUUUAAUACCAUUAAAUGAAUCAAGCAAUUUUCAAGAAGACACUGACAAAUUUUUGCGGUAUUAUCACCUUAUAAAAAAUGAAUUAUUUGAAUUGAAUAAGGAGAGAGCGUUGGGUGCAUUUGAAGUGUAUAAUAAUUUGGAAGCACAAUCAUUUAGUCAAGAAUUUAGACAUUUGUGUAAACAUGGGGUAUCACAAAUAAUAACAAAACACUUAAAAUGCAGAUACCAAACAAAAAAUUCCUUUUAUCGAAUGCUGAUGCCUUUUAAAGAAGAAGAUAUUUGGAGCGAGCCACUUAUUAAAAUAUAUCAUGAUGUAUUAUAUGAAAACGAAAUUUCGAGAAUUAAAACUAUGGCUUCGGAAAACAUGAUAGAUGCAGAAAUCCAAUCAGCUGCCACUGCUAAAAUAGUAGAAGAAAAAAGUCGAUUAGGUCAAGUCUACUGGAUAAAUGACAACGAUGCUGUUGAAUAUUUUCAUUCAUUAAGUAAUCGUAUAGAAACUUUUACCGGAUUUACUUCACAGACAGCUGAACUAUAUCAAAUAGUUAAUUAUGGUUUAGGUGGUCAUUAUUUACCACAUUAUGAUCCGUUUCAAAAAGGCACUGAAAAUGAAAAUUUUGGUAACAGAUUAGUAACCGUAUUAUUUUAUUUGACUGAUGUUCAAAAUGAAGGAUAUACGUCAUUUCCUAAGCUAAAUAUUAUUGCUCCUACUGAAAAAGGAUCUGCGUUGGUUUGGCAUAAUUUAAAUAUGUUUGAUGGAAAAAUAAACCAUGACACAAUUCAUGGGUCAUGUCCUAUAUUAAAAGGAAAUAAAUGGAUUAUGACUAAAUGGCUGUACGAAGAAGGACAACAUUUGCCUUAUGAUUGGAGAAAAAAAGAAAGCGCGUUCGAAUAAUAUACAAUGAAAUAACAAAUAUUUGUAGAUUUAUCAAUAAAGGUUUCUUAUAAAUAA